CCCGCCCAUUUUUGGGAACGCUUCCUCUCGUCUACUUAUAUAUAUACUACCCCGCCUCCCUCCUUGCCUGGCACAUCGCAUCGCAGCAUUGAACAUAGAGAGGCCUCUUCUUGGCCAAACAAGCAGAGAAGGAAACCAAGACAAAUCCCUGUCCAGGUCGGUCUUGAGGCAUCGCGAGGGCGGGAGGGCGGCCGGCAGCGACGACGAUGGUGAGGCCGCCGAGCAAGGGGCGGCAGCGCAUCGAUAUCGCGCCCAUCCUCGACAAGGACCGCUGCCAGGUCACCUGCUCCAAGCGCAAGUCCGGGCUCUUCAAGAAGGCCAGCGAGAUCUCCCUGCUCUGCGACGCGCACGUCGCCGUCCUCGUCUUCUCCAAGGCCGACAAGCCGUUCGCGCUGGGGACCCCCUCCGUCGACCACGUCCUCCGCCGCUUCGCGCCCCUCCCAGGCUACGACGAGGACGGCGCCCCCGCGCUGCUCGAGGACGUGGACGCCGUCGCCGACCGCGAGGCGGUGGAGGCCGUCUCGCGGCGAGCGGAGGAGACCAGGGCACUCGUGGCCGCGGAGCAGGCGCGGAUGAACGCCAUCGGGGACAAGGUGCUCCAGGCCAAGGCGGGCAGGCGGUUCUGGUGGGAGGCGGACAUGGAGGCGCUCGGGGAGGCGGAGCUGCCGGAGUUCGCCAGGGCGCUGCAGCGGCUCAGGGAUAACGUCGUCCGCCACGCUGAGAAGCUGCUCUCCGCUCCGGCGGCGCGGGAGCAGUAGUUGUGGCCCCGCCGGCGCUCAAAGCUGGGUCUUUUAAUUCUACUUGAGUAGGUUAAUUCUUUUUUACCGAGGUUAGGUUAAUCCUUGGUUACUUAGGUUACUGUAAUUGGCCUCUGAAAGGAUGAAAAAUUUUAGCGUGAUUGGUAUUAGUGGUUAA